AUGGCGCCGUGGACUGGCGACCCGUGCUACCGUCAGCGUUGCAUCAACAGAGUGCCUAGCUGGAUUACCCGGGAGGCACGAUCUGUUGCGGAGCAGUGUGGCUACACCGCAGACCAGGUGAACACGCCCUGUCUGGUGGACAUGGCUAACUUGCUUCCAAUGCUCGAUGCCGUGCGACAUGGUUGGAUGUCUUGCAGUGAGCCGUUCCCUCGCGUGCUCGAUUUGGUUUUGGUUUUCGCAGGGGACUCGCAGGCGGCAGUAAAAGCGAAUGAGAAGGGCAUGAUGUGUGGCACCAUUGACAAACUUCACGGCGAUGAUCAGGACAUCACGUCCAUCGUGGGAAUGCUGUACGCAGUUUUCCUCAUUGUGUCACUGAAAGUAGACGCGCUCGCAUGGUUCUCGCCAGAAUGUUCCACGUGGCUCACUUUCCUUUCAAGGGGAACGUACAAACGUUGCAGCUGCGGGAACAACAUCUUGGGGGACCUGAACCUGGCCAAAUGCACCACAGCCAACUCAGCAUCUGCGGCCUGUGCGUUUCUGGUGAUGCUCACCCAUUUCCGCCACGCCUUCUACGGGCUUGAGAAUCCGCUCAACUCGUUGCUGUUCCAGGCCGAGUGGGUGUCCGACGCCAUCCGCGUCUCCAUGGGGCACCGCUUCGUUACGAGCCUUGGCCAGUUCGGCGCCCCGACGCAGAAAACCCUCGAGCUGUAUUCAAACGUGCAACAGUCGAUCUUUUCGAGCCUUCUGUGUAGGAAGGGCACUAGGAAGCGCAAGUCCGAUGGCACUGAGCUUGCGCCUGUAAAGGGAAAUCACGUUGACGGCAACAAGGCCGCGCUGUCUGCGUCGGCGGCCUAUCCUGCCGAAUUUUGCUAUGCGAUUGUGGAGCUCGCUAGCGCACUGUUGGACGAUUAG